CUGAGCUGGGAGGGCGGGGGGAGGACCGAGAGGAAGAAGGAAUAGUUCGCACCUGCGGGACUUCAACUCCCGCCCCCGCCCUAUCGCCUAGCCCCCAGGCCCGCCCCCUUUCCCGGACGCGUGGGUCCCCCGGCCAAUCCGGAUCUCCGCCUUCCUUCUCCUUCCUUGGCUCCCCCUCCUGCAGUCUCUCCCCCCCGCCCCCAUCCCCGGAUACUGGGAUCCCGCGGCGUGACGCGAGCACGGCGGCUCCUCCUCCUGCGUCUCUGGCUGCGCCGGGCAGGGGGGAUGGUUCCAUCAUGGCGUCAAUGCAGAAACGACUGCAAAAAGAAUUACUGGCUUUGCAAAAUGACCCUCCUCCAGGAAUGACUUUGAAUGAAAAGAGUGUUCAGAAUUCAAUUACACAGUGGAUUGUAGACAUGGAGGGUGCACCAGGUACUUUAUAUGAAGGGGAAAAAUUUCAACUUCUAUUUAAAUUUAGUAGUCGAUAUCCUUUUGACUCUCCUCAGGUCAUGUUUACUGGUGACAAUAUUCCUGUACAUCCUCAUGUUUAUAGCAAUGGUCAUAUCUGUUUAUCCAUUCUAACAGAAGAUUGGUCCCCAGCGCUCUCAGUGCAAUCAGUUUGUCUUAGCAUUAUUAGCAUGCUUUCCAGCUGCAAAGAAAAGAGGCGACCGCCAGAUAAUUCUUUCUAUGUAAGAACAUGUAACAAGAAUCCAAAGAAAACAAAGUGGUGGUAUCAUGAUGAUACAUGUUGAUGCCACCAUUAUGAACCUCCUAGCAGAAGAUAGCCCUACUGAGAAAAUGAGCACUUUGAUCAUUCAGUCUUUGAACUUUAACUUUUGACUGGAAGUGACCUAUAGGCAAUGAAGACUACUUCCUUUUUCUGCAUUUUUACUCGUGUGCAUUCUGGGCACGUGUUGAUCGCUGGUUCAGUCCAGGCAACUGACAUGCUUUAUUAGUCAUACAAGUAUUAAUGCAGGUGUCAGGAAAUGUCAGAAUAAUUCCAUUUUUUUAUUUUUAUUUUUUAAAGCUUUUGGAAAAUGUCCAAGGCCUCCAUGUAUUGUGCAAUAACAGUGACUUCUUGGCAGUUUUGAAACGUUCAUUGCUGGCAAUGGAUGUUGUUAACAGGAAAUGUUUUACUCCUGCCACCAAAUGAUAAAUGCAUGAAAGGGCCUAUGAAAUGAGCUUAUCAGUUAUAAUGGGAUUAUAAAUAAAGUGAAGGAUCCAUCAUAACUUCGAAAGUCACCCCAACCAUUUAAUUUUUGGAUUCUAUGCACUGUGAUCCUAAGGUUAGCAGCAUGAAUUCACAUGCGUGUCUAUAAAGGACUGUAAUGAAAGAUCAUUGCAUAUUUAUUGAAUUGUUUAUAUGCCGUCAAACUGUUUUGACAUGAAAGGUUUUCGAGUAACAUUGGCAGAGAGGUACAAUAUGUUAUCCCUAUGGUGAAAAUAAAUACAUUGUAUAUAGUUACUCAAUCUCUGAAGUAAAGGUAUGAGUAAUAUAAGGUAUGAAUGGUUUAAUCAAGGGUUUAUUUUGGAAGUAUGAAAAAAUGGCAGUGAUCAUUGAAUUGCUGCAGUCCAUGAUUGGGCUUAUAAUUUGUACAUUAAAAGCUUUUUCCAAGUAGAUUACACUCUGUUACUUCCUGCUAGCCAUCAGCAUGAGCCCUGCUGCCUUCACAAUAUUUCAUUUAUUUAUGUGUUUGAAAAAUCCAUACCCCAUUUUGUUGGUGGUCUCAUUUCUUUUGUUAUAUUGUAAGUCAAGUUUGAAUGUUGCAAUAUUUUAAUUGAAAAACUUUGUCAAAAUAUUUUCUUGUAAAUUUUCUUUAUGUGUAAGCAUCAUCUUGUCUUUUAAUCCUGUACUAUAAAGAAAGAAAUACAUUUUUGACAGAGGCUUAAUGUUUU